AUGCCGGUGACUUUCGAGGACGUGGCUGUGUAUUUCACCGAGGGGCAGGGGGCCCUGCUGGACCCUGGUCAGAGAGCCCUGUACAGGGAAGUCAUGGAGGAGAAUUAUGAGAAUGUGACCUCACUGGGAUUUCCCAUUCCCAAACCUGACCUGAUCACCCGGCUGGAACGAUGGGAAGAGCCAUGGGUACCCGAUCUCCAGGCCUGCCAGGAAAGGGAGAUUCUGAGAGAUACCCACAUAGGUGAUAAGCGAGAGAGUGAGAAAGAGGAGGAUCAUCAAUAUCAGGAAUUUCCUGGGAAAGUGGAACCACAGAGGACCUUUGGGAGAAGAGCUUUAGGGAAUUUCUCGCAGUGCUUGGAACAAGGAAAAGCCUCUGGGAAUCAGCACUGGUCAGAGAGGCUAUUCAGAAACCAGCCUACCAAGAAAGUGGCUAAAUCUAUUAAAUAUGUGGGAGGAUGCAAGGAUCCUGAGGAAACCACAGCCCAGCAGACAAAUCACAAGAAAGAGAAACCCAAUCAACCUUGUAUAUGCUUGGACUGUGGGAAAAGCUUCAGUAACAGCUCAAACCUCACUAAACAUCGGAGAAUCCACACGGGAGAAAGACCAUAUAAAUGCCCAGACUGUGGGAAAUGUUUCAUUCAGAAGUCAACCCUUGUUACACAUCAGACAAUCCACACUGGAGAAAGACCCCAUAAGUGCUUAGACUGUGGGAAAAGCUUUAGCCAUAGCUCAUACCUCAUUAGACAUUGGGGGACCCACUUGGGAGAGAGCAUCAAUGCCUCCACUGUAGGAAAAGUUUCAUUGAGAGACCAAACCUUAUUAGACAUCAGGCAAUCCACACAGGAGAGAGCCCCCAUAGGUGCUUGGAGUAAAAAGACACAAGAUGAAAGGCAGAAGAUUGUAUCUGAAUUUCAGCAACUGCAACAGUUCCUGGAGGAACAAGAGCGACUCCUGCUGGUCCAGCUGGAAAAGCUGGACAAGGAGAUUAUGAAGAUACAGAAUGAAAAAGUCACUGAAUUCUCUGGGGAGAUUUCCUGUCUCAGUGAGCUGAUCAGUGAGAUAGAGGGGAAGGAUCAGAAGCCAGUAAGUGAAUUCCUGGAGGUGAGACACAUUUAG